AUGCAAACCGUUAAAGACGGCCUAAACUAUGUCCAAGACAAGGCCUCUGAGCUCACGAACACAGCUUCCAAGGAGGCCAACAAGAAUGUCGCGAAGGACUCGGACGCCAGCCUCUCUUCCCGGGCCAGUGCAGCCAAGGACGCCAUCGGCGACAAGGCCAGCGAGAUGAAAGACGGCGCAUCUGCUGAAGCCCACAAGCAAAAGGCACAGCACUAA